AUAAGUAGUUCUAGUCCUUGAAAGAUUAGAGGUUAGAAGUGUUUCUUGUUGUUGUUAUUGUUGAGUUUAAAUAGAGCAACAAAAACUACCAAUCUGAAAAUGAAAACUAAAAUGAUAACAAAUCAAGAUUUUCCUACAAUAUGCAGAUUAUGCAUGUCUACUCCUGAUGGAGAGCUACAGCCUCUUUCGCAGUUAACUACUUUAAAUUUAUUGAUUACUGUUAUACAAAUUGAUAUCAAUGCUGAGAAUCUUCCAAAAAAUAUAUGCUAUCAAUGUAUGACUCAGCUGGAUAAUAUACAUAAAUUUGUGGAAAAUUGUCAAAAUUGUAAUACAAUUUUAGAGACAUUGGCCGAUGAUACACACAUAGAAGUCACUAGUUUUAGCACAGGUUCUAUAAACGAAGAAGUUGAUAUUAAAACACAAUUUUAUAUAACAGAAACUUUAGAGUCAGAAAUUCAUCAACCAGAGGAAAUUGCCAAUGCUAAUAUGUAUGUGGAAUUAUGCCCCAAAUUUAAGUGUUUUAAGUGCCAGAAGCUGUGUACUACGAAACGUAGCCUAGCAGCUCAUAUGGCGUCCCACAGAAAAGAUAAAAUAUAUGAAUGCCCAGAAUGUUCUGUAAAUUUCCCAUAUGCUGAAUAUCUGAUGAGACAUUCUUUGAAUGUGCAUGGAACAGAAACAAAACCAUUUGUCUGUAACAUUUGUCAAGAAGGCUUUUUAAGAAAACGAACUUUGGAAGAACACAAAAACUUUCACACUGGAGAAACGCCUUACGUAUGUACACAUUGUGGUCAAAGGUUUAAAGUAUCCAGACACUUCUACAAGCACAUGUACCUGCUACAUAAUCCAAAUUUGUCAAAAACACCUAAGUACAAAAGAAAGUAUGUUGAAAAACGAGUACAUCUUCAUCUAGAAUGCAAAGAAUGUGGAAAAAUAUUUGCUAGCAGGUCCGGCUUUUCAAACCACCAGUUGAUCCAUGAAGGAAUCAAAAAAUUUCUUUGCAGUACAUGUGGGAAACAAUUUAUAACAAAUGCUCAGUUGCAAAAGCAUUUGAAAUGUCACAAAGACAGGAAUAAAAUUUUUAAUUGUGCAGAUUGUGAUAAAACUUUUACUUCAACAAAAACUUUACUUAUUCAUUCAACAAAAAUGCAUACUUCAGAAGAAACACAUAAAUGUUCUCAGUGCCACAAAGUUUUUAAUACAAAAGAUGAUCUAGUUGAACAUUUAAAUACCCACGUAGAGUCUUAUCCAUGUUCUUAUUGUGAAAAAACUUUUAAUAAAAAGUCUAAAUUACAAGUUCAUAUUCAGAUACAUUUAAAUCGUUUCAAAUGUGAAAUAUGCAGCAAAAAGUUUUCAUGUGCUUCUCAUCUGAACGGACAUAUGAGAAUCCAUACUGGAGAAAAACCAUUUAUGUGUACAGUAUGUGGAAAAACAUUUUCUCAAAAGCAAACAUUAACAGUUCAUAUGCGAAUACAUUAUGGUAUCACCCCUUUCGAAUGCAGCAAUUGUGAUAAAAAAUACCAUGAUUCUACAAAUUUGAGAAGACAUUUCAAGAGACAUCAUGAGAAUAGAAAGGAAGAGAAUCACAAUCAAUUUAUUUUGAAUCUUUAAUAUGUUUAGAAAAUAC